CCGUAGAUUCUCCACGGUGGCUCUGUUUAAUGAUCUCCCUUUAGUACCUGCAUCUCGCGUUUCAUGCUUAUAAAACCCCCGUCGUGAUAUCUUGCUCGGCAUUAUUCUCUCUUCUCCAACUCCAUCGACUCUAUACGACCUCUCUCUUUCCGGAUUCUUCUCGCCUAUCCACUCCUUUUAUUUAUCGUCUUCGAUUCCCAAUCAAGAAAAACCUACUUCAUUCUUCACAAUGGCUCGCUUCAGCAUCGUUGCGGCUCUCAUGUUCCUGGCUGCUUUGUCCAACGCCCUGCCCACCGCAAAUGACUUCCCCGGUUCAGUCGACGAGGCCAUGAACAAGGCCAUGGAGGCCGCCGAUCAAGCUCUUGAGGUGCGAGACGCCCAGCAAACCCCCGCCCCUACUCCUGCCAGCGGCGAAGACUUCUUCCCCACGCCCAGCCCGACUCCUUUCGGACUGGCGCCAACUCCCACACCUUCUCCUUCGGCUGCCAGCAACCCUCUCAAUGACAUUCCCAUCAUCGGACCUCUGGCUGCUGCUCUCCUUGGCGGUGGUGGUCAGUAAACGAACCCAAAGCAAAACACGGAACGUUAAAACGAAGAAGACUGAAUGAAAAGGGCGAGAAGAAGAAAAAGGGGGUGUUUCUUUUCAUUAUCAUGGACUAGCUUGGCUUGGCUAAGCUUAUGCUGGUCUGGAACUACCAACUACAACUACAAUUACCAUUUUAUGAUCGUUCAGCAUGUAUUCCAUUCCGGAUUUGAUGAUGAAUGAAUGGGGGAGGGAUGUGAAGAGAACCUUUUAUUAUACCUUAGCUAGAUAGCUUUUAUUUUGGGAUUUUUAGGAAUUAAUGAAUUAUCAUUUAAAUCUUGGAUUUGUUGGCAAGUUUGCU